GUUAACAAAGCCUCUUAUAAUCGUGUCUGCGCGCACUGUGCACGAAACUUCUUCUUGAAUGAUUCUUGCAAGCUCGGCACCGGCUGCCGCGUCUGGCAACUUCUUUGCCUAUGUGAAGCCCUCAGGUCUGCUUGGACUCUUUGGCUCACGCGACUCUGCCUCAUCGCGGAUUGACAAGGCUGCCGCAAGGUACGCCGAGGCUGCCCCCAAGUCACCACAGAGUGUGUCUGUUGGAAACCCAACUGUCACAAAGUUCUGCUACCCUGGCGGCGCCAUCGCGGUCCAGCCCGGAGUGCAGGCCAUUACCGACCACCUCGUGCGCAUUACGCCGUACGUGCACAACUCCAAGGACCAGGUGCUGGUCUUCUUCGGCACCCUCAGCAACCUGCACGAGCUUUGCGCGCGUCACCAUGAGUUUAGCAGCCGCGGCAAGAGCGUGCUAGACCCCUCCGCCGCCUCCGGCACGGGCGCGCAGACGACAACGUGCCUGCUCCGGAUGUACCAGCACUUUGCCGGCAAGGAAGUCAUGAUGCUAGCUGAGCUGCAGGGGCAGUACGCAUUCGUCUUGUACGACGCCGUGAAGAAGCAGGCGUUCGCGGCGCGGGACCCAUCCGGCUCUGAGCCGCUGUUCUACAAGCUAGACACCGACGGUGCGGUGCUGUUCACCAACGACGUGGACUCACUGCCCACCGGCGAGGCCGACCACAAGGGCUGGAAGGAGCUGGCGCCGGGGCACUACAUGUGUGGCCGCACCAUAACGCAGUUUGCGCUGUCGCUGGACGGCCUGGCAACACGCGUCCACAAAGAGAGCAUGGACGCGGACGCCCUGCAUGCGAUGCUGCAGGCGGAGGUGAAGGCGGAAGAGGAGGAGCGCACCUUCGGCUUCGGGUCACGGCCUCGUCUCAGUCGUAACCGCAGCAAAUAAAGGACAGCUUGCCUCGUGACGGGGCGAGUGCAAUAAAACUGUACACUACGGUCUGUGCGCUUGGGCGCUCGGUGGUCCGCACGUCUUCUUGAAGCGUUGCCCACUGGCACAGCAUAUGUCGAUUGUGUCGAGACAUGGUUGUCCUCGUUGAUGAGUGUGCCCUGUCCAUGCGAAGUUCCGCACACGUCGGUGGUUGUGAGGGCCCCCUGCCGCGUCUGGCACGUGUGUGUAAACGGUAUGCUUUUUUGGGAUAAUACGACCGAUGCUUCACAAGAAACCCUAACAAGUUACACGGUUGACUAACUUCACCAGCUGUUGGAUGAAUACCGCGGCUGGGUUUCGUAAUGCUGUACAUGGUAAAUGUUGUUACGGUAUGCAGGUUGUAUGUGUGUGUAAGUUGUUUGCCGAGUGGGCCUUGUACUCAGGGGAGGCUACUCCCUCUACCAGACCAAGAGUCAUGUCAUAGCUGACGGCAGCCGAUGCACGACGAGCAUCCUUCGGAUUGGGGGCGUUGCGGCAAAGGCUGGGAUCGAUCAAUUUACAUUACCGAUACUGAGAGCUAGCUUGGUGUGGGCUGCAAGUUCCUGAGGAACAGUUGAUCUGUCCGCGUUGCGGUGAUUGCAAGGUUGUGUGACACGUGGACGAACGCUGUCGUGCGGUCCCCACUUGGGGCGUGACCUCGGGACCGCACGCGACACCUGUAUCAAUAUGCGUGUAAAGCACACGCGGCUC